CUGAUGAUGAUGGGGCUUUGGAUCACGGGGGGCGGCGGCCAGGCCCCCUCCUGGGGGGCUGCAGCGGCCGUGUUGCUGGUGGCGCCGCUGGCCGCCUUCGCCUUCCGCUGGCUGCGCACCUACUACAGGCGAUGGCAGGCGCUGAAGCUCGUCCCGGGCAUCAGUCCCUGCUACCCGCUGCUGGGCAACGUCCCGCUCUUCGAGCGCAACGGGGCAGAUUACUUUGAGCAGUUGAUACUUGGCACUGAGGCGUUCCGGAAUAUAUCACUGCUAAAGCUCUGGAUAGGACCACUUCCUUUCCUGAUCUUAUAUCAUGCAGAAAGUGUGGAGGUUGUUUUGAAUAGCUCCAAGCAUAUUGAGAAGUCCUUUCCCUACAAGUUUCUUCACCCCUGGCUUGGCACAGGACUUCUAACAAGCACUGGAGACAAAUGGCGGUCUAGAAGAAAAAUGUUAACUCCAACCUUCCAUUUCACCAUCUUAGACGAUUUCCUUGACGUGAUGAAUGAACAAGCCCAUAUCCUUGUUCAGAAACUUGAAAAACAUGUGGACAAAGAGCCAUUUGAUUGCUUUUUAGACAUCACGCUCUGUGCCCUUGACAUCAUCUGUGAAACUGCGAUGGGCAAGAACAUUGGUGCUCAAAACGAUAAGGAUUCCGAGUAUGUCCAAGCGGUUUAUAGGAUGAGUGACUUGGUUCAUCACAGACAGAAGUCACCGUGGCUUUGGAAUGACCUUAUUUACCUUCUGUUCCAAGAAGGAAGAGAACAUUCCAGGAGUCUGAAAAUACUUCACAGCUUCACUGAUCAAGUGAUCGCAGAAAAAGCUCAAGAACUCAAAAACCAGGAGCAGCACAAAAGCGAAGCUGUCGGCAAUGGUGAGCAAAGGAGGGACAAGAAAAGGAGGGCUUUUCUUGAUCUGCUUCUGAACGCCACUGAUGAAGCGGGGAAGAAGUUAAGCUACCUGGACAUUCGAGAGGAAGUGGAUACGUUCAUGUUUGAGGGUCAUGAUACUACCGCUGCUGCCAUGACCUGGACUAUUUAUUUACUUGCACGUUAUCCAGAAGUCCAAAGAAAAGUUCACAAUGAAUUGGAUGAAAUUUUGGGAGACGCUGACCAUCACGUCACAUUGGAUGAAUUGAAGAAGCUACGGUAUCUGGAAUGUGUUAUUAAAGAAGCUCUUCGCCUUUUCCCUUCUGUUCCAUAUUUUGCCCGCACUCUCAGUGAGGACUGUUGUAUAAGAGGACAUAAGGUAUGCAAAGGGCUUGAUGUCAUCAUUAUCCCUUAUGCACUGCAUAGAGACCCUGACACCUUCCCAGAACCUGAAGAAUUUAGACCGGAGCGUUUUUUCCCUGAGAACUUAGCUGGGCGGAACCCAUACGCCUACAUACCUUUCUCGGCUGGGCCUAGGAACUGUAUUGGUCAGCGCUUUGCACAGAUAGAAGAAAAGACUGUUCUUGCCAUCAUCCUACGGCACUUUUGGGUUGAAACUACACAGAACCGUAAAGAACUCUAUCCUGUAGGAGACCUGAUUCUUCGUCCUAAUAAUGGCAUCUGGAUUCAGCUGAAAAGGAGAUCAUCAUCUAGCUCUUAAAAUAAGGAAACAACAGGAAGAUUCCCUGCCCAAGCACACUUGGACCAUUUUCAAUAAAGAUUCUAAAUUUUCAUAGCAGGACACUUCA